AAAUCCUAAUCCCAGGAUCCCGAGACAGCUAGAAAUACCGCAUGAUGGCAACCCAUCAGUCUGAGACAUAUAUAUUGGAUAAGAUUUUUGAGAAGGAUAUUAACAAGCUAGACAAAAAUCUCCAUAAAGGAACCGAUAUGACUGCUGUUGGAAACUGCUCUAGCGCUAUCUGAAGUCAUAUGACCUUCCUAUCUUACUAUCCGUCUGAUCCAUAGGUCUGAUCCUCUUGCUCAGCCAUAGCCUUUAAUACGCUCUGCGUGUAGAGGCAAAGAUAAAUGGGGCGGGGGAGGGGAUACAGAGGAGGGAGAGACAGCAAGAGAGAUGAGGCAAGUUUGCAAAACAAACGCACUAUAGAAGACCAUGAUCAUAUUUUUGGAUAGAGUGAAUCAGUAAACAACAAGAAGGAAAAUAUGCACUUUUAUUGACAAAUGUGACUAUACGGCUACCACAAAAGAAGAGAGAGACAGAGCGCAUACGCAAGAAAAAGCAGAGAAGGGAUCAUGGCUUCUCUACUGAGAUAUGGCAACAUUCUUUGCCAGACGGAGUUUGCGAGAAAGAUGUCGGAAGAGUAUGACUGAUGAGUAGUACCAUGUCAACAACUAGGAGGCUGGGACGUACUCAAUGAAGAUAUGGAUCAGGGUAAAGAUCACAAAAAUGAAGGAUUGUCGUCUAGUCAGAAGACUCGACCAGGAGAGACCAUGGCCUGGAAGGGUCCUCUCACAGUGGUUCUGCGUAAAAACUCUUUGGGCUUUGGUUUCACAUUGCGUCAUUUCAUAGUCUAUCCACCAGAGUCUGCCUUCAACACUAACCUGAAGGAUGAAGAAAAUGGAAAUGGCAAAGGAGGUCAGCAGUUUCGUUUUGAGCCAGUGGAUACCAUCUUUGUAAAGAAUGUGAAAGAGGAAGGACCCGCUCAUCAGGCAGGCCUCUGCACAGGUGACAGACUAGUGAGGGUGAAUGGGGAAAGUGUGCUGGGGAAAACGUUCUCUCAGGUCAUAGCAUUGAUUCAGAAUAGUGACAAUGUGCUGGAGUUGUCCAUCAUGCCAAAAGAUGAGGAUGUGCUACAGCUGGCAUAUUCUCAAGAUGCCUACUUGAGAGGGAAUGAGCCAUACACUGGAGAAACACAAAACCUUCCCGAUCCUCCUCCAGUCUGUAACUUAAACAGCAAAUCUCCCUCAACAUCGCAGAACCAUGCUAUUCCUGUUAACAUGAACUCUGAGAUUGUUGUAGUGUCUCAACCUUCCCCUCACUGCCUGAUUCGUCACCGCAUCUGCUCUUCAUCCUCAGGUGGGAAAACAAACCUGCUGGACUUCCACUUUGCCAACCACAAUGCAGCUAUUGCCUCUGCCUCACUAGUUCACCCUAGGAAAGCCAGUCUUCCCCAAGGUCACAGUGAACUGUGCCACCAAGGUCUGUCAGACUGGUACUAUAGCCAAGUAGACCAAUCAAGCCUUGGCAAUUCCCAUCAUUACCAGAGCAGCUCUCAAGACAGGCUUUAUGAACUGGGACUGGCACCAGGAGGGUCUCGUGGUGGUCGGACACACAACUCAUCUCAGGAUGCCCUACUACAUUACAGUGCAGUGAUGGGGAUCCACCAUUCACCUUGCACAGAUUCUUAUGGUCUUGGGAGAACAAGUAAACUCUCUAGCCAUUCCUGUUCUGAAAACUUGCUAGCUGCUUAUGCUUCGUACGAGCAGAGCUUUGGUCAUUCACUGGAAACUCUAGAAAAGGCAUCCAUUCUGAUCUCACCCCAUUAUAAAAUACCAACACAGCCUCAUGAAAUCACUCAGCUAAUCAGGGUAGCGGAGUGCAAAAGUAUUGCCAAUAAUCACACAAAUGGUUCCGCAGUUUUGCAACCAUCAGGUGAGGGUUUAAGGCAAAAACAGCAGCCAGCUGUUCACAUCAGACAUUUACCUGCACAAUAUGUUGAGGGUCAGAUGGUUGGCUGCCACACCUCCAUUCCAAAAACCAUCCCACUGCAGAAUCCAUCCUCCAUCACUCCCUCUGCUGCAGAGUCCCAAGAGCCCCAACGCUCACUGGUCACUGUGUUUACUGAGGAACCUUUACAGCUUAAAAAAAAUCUCCCCUCAGGAAUUGAGACACACCAUUGUACUUCUGUGAAUUUUAUUAAACCCCUUUCAGCUAAAGUUCUUCCCUCAAGGUCAGAAUAUUCUGUACACAAAACUAAUAGUGGCAUUACACCCUCAUCUGUGGAGCAGGACUCCUUGGCUGUCAUCCCAUUCAAAGGCAGUCUGAAAAAAAGCCGUCGCUCCUCCUACAUGCUGGCCAUUACUACGGAGCGAUCUAAAUCAUGUGACGAGGGUCUGAACACUUUUAGGGAAGAAGAACGUGUUCUCUUGAAACUGCCAAAAAGAGUCAAAAGCUUUUUUACAGAUGAUUCUCUAGAGAGUCUUAAAGUGGCAGAAGAUGCACACUCUAAACGCCACUCCACUUCUGAACUGGGAAACAUCAAUCUUACAGACAUCAGAAAACAAGGCUGGCUGCAUUAUAAACAGAUUCUUAAUGAUAAACGGAAGAAAGUGGGCAGUGGUAUGCGGCAGUGGAAAAGAGUAUUUUCUGUGCUGCACUCUAGUUUACUGUUCCUCUACAAGGAUAAGCGUGAGGCGGUGCUUCAUGCAACUAGGGCAGGAAGUCAUGGCAUUGGGCAAGAGAAGGAUAUUCAAACAAUCAGCAUUCAAGGCUGCUUGAUUGACAUUGCAUACAGCGAGACUAAGCGUAAACACACUUUUCGGCUGAUGACUCAGGACUUCUGUGAGUAUCUUCUGCAGGCAGAGGACAGAGAUGACAUGCUGAUGUGGAUAAGAGUUAUCAGAGAGAAAAGCAAGACCGAAAAUGAGGAACUGGGCUUCUCCAGACAGGUUCUCAUCAGUAAGAAGCUGAAUGACUAUAAGAAACAGAGUCCAACAAGCAACAAGCCAGAUACUUCUCCUAAGAUGCAUCAAAUGAUGCCACCUUUCUUUCUCUCUAAAACUGAAAACGCAUCUGCUGUAAGCAAAGCCCCAGGAAAAGAUGAGAGUAUUAGGGCUGCAUGGGGUAUUAACAUCAAGAAAAAGGGAAAGAAAAUGAGUCCAAAAACUUUUGGGGUGAGGCUGGAGGACUGUCUGCCUGCUGCCAGUAAUAAGUUUGUUCCACAGAUUGUGGAGACUUGUUGUAGUCUGGUGGAAGAGAUGGGUUUGGAAUAUACUGGCAUAUACAGAGUGCCGGGGAACAAUGUCAUGGUGUCUUCUCUUCAGGAACAGCUCGACAAAGGCAUGGUUAUAGACACUGCUGAGGAGAGAUGGAAAGACCUGAAUGUCAUCAGCAGUCUUCUGAAAUCCUUCUUCAGAAAGCUUCCAGAACCUCUUUUUACAGAUGAUAAAUAUAAUGACUUCAUUGAUGCCAACCGUUUAGAGGAUACAGGGGAUCGCUUGAAGACCAUGAGGAAACUUAUACGUGACCUGCCGGAUCACAACUACCACACACUGAAGUUUCUUAUCGGUCAUCUGAAAACAGUUGCGGACCAUUCAGAAAAGAAUAAGAUGGAGCCUAGAAAUCUGGCCCUGGUGUUUGGCCCAACACUGGUGCGGACCUCAGAAGACAACAUGAUCGAGAUGGUCACUCACAUGGCAGACCGCUACAAAAUCACAGAGACUCUUAUCUUGCAUCAUACAUGGUUCUUCAGUGAUGAUCUGGAUACGGAUAAGACACCAGAGGAUCAGAAGCAGAAGGAAAUGCAGCCAGUUCUAAAUAUUGACCACCUUCUGUCUAACAUUGGCAGGGUGGUGCCACUGCAAGACUUCUCAGCUGAGCGAAUGGAUCAAAGUUUGCGAUUCCACCAGCCGUGACUCUGCUAUACCUUUAAGGGAACUUCCAAGAAAGAUCUUAGUGCCAAGAACUUCCUUUCCCUGUCUGACAUAUCAGCCAUAACCUGGAAGAAAAAGAAACACCAGAGCAGCUGUCCUGCAGACAGCAGUGCAGAUGAAGACUCUGAACAUGAGCCAAUCAAAACCAGCGAUUAUGAGGAAAUGAGUGACAACAGAAUGGUUGAAACACGACAAAAAAGACACAGAUCCUGAAAAUUAGAAAAAAAACGAGAAGGUCAGCAAGAUGGGAUAAAAUCAGGACAGGUGGAUAAAGACGAAUAUAAAAAACAAGGAGGAUUAAGAAGAACAUUAUUUUACAGAUAAGGAAGCAUCAAAUGGGUCAUAUUCAGUUUCAGUAGCUGUCUGUAUUCAGGCAACAGCUACCUGAGAUAAGACCAUCACCACAGCCAACCAUUUCUUCUUCCCCCAACUACUCCAAUACAACACAGCCCUCAAAUAUCUCACACAGUCUCUCACAAAAUAAAUAGAGACAAUAUGUGAAAGUAUUCCAAACAAUGAUUCUGCCAUAGAAGGGAUGAAGUUCAGACAGUACGGUAAGCUGAGGAUAGCGUUCCUGAUUUAUUUUAUUUUUCCAUCUCAUUUUUAUUUAUUAAUGUUUUUACCAUGUCAGUGAUCCCUGAAUUAACCUUUGUCCUCUUGAGUAAAUCAUGUCAUUCUUCUCUACAUGUGGAUGCUGCUCUUCAUUAACAUGGCCUUCAGUGUUGUUGUGU